AUGUGCACGGCCCUAUGCUGGGAGGAUGGAGGCCAGAAAAGGCACCCGGGCUAUGAGGCCAUGUCAGGAUUUGAGCAGUAUAAUACAAUCAUCUCUCCCACACACUGCGAGCCCUCCGUGGGCCAGCCCUGCGUGCACGUCUCUCUGACCCUCACGGCAACCCUGCAGGGUUUCAGGAGGCCCCUGGUGACUCUGAACGGCAUCCUUGUCCCUGGAAAGGGCUAUAACCCUCAGCUUGGACCUGUGGCCUGCAGGUAUGGGCACCUGGUUCUCAGCACUCCCUCCCCAGCGCUCUGUGAUGCGGAUGUAGCCGGCAGGGGUGCGGAAGGGGUGAGGCGCGACGAGCACUGCCGCGGUUGUGGGGAAUGGGGAACCUGGGUCCCCCUCCUCUCCUCACCCCUCUCCCCGCCGUUUCCGGCCCGGGGCGGGGCGCUCCCCACUCCUGGCAAUGCGCGAAGCCGGAGCGCACUAGGACCGUGGCGCUCCGCCCGCCGCCGCUAUAAGAGGCCGCGCUCGCACCCCACGCGGAACCCGCGGCUCAGACCAGUUCCUGGCGUCCCGAUGUGUCGGACCCGAGGCCGGACCCGCCGCUGCGCAGCCGACGCCAGCCCAGGGCCUGGGAGGGACGAGCGCCCCCGGGCCCCCGCCGCGGGCACCAUGGGCGCUACCCACUCCGCGUCCGAGGAGGUGCGGGAGCUCGAGAGCAAGACAGGCUUCUCGUCUGACCAGAUCGAGCAGCUCCACCGGAGAUUUAAGCACCUGAGUGGAGACCAGCCCACCAUUCGGAAGGAGAACUUCAACAACAUCCCUGACCUGGAGCUCAACCCGAUCAGAUCCAAAAUCGUCCGUGCCUUCUUCGACAACAGGAACCUGCGCAAGGGGCCCAGCGGCCUGGCUGACGAGAUCAACUUCGAGGACUUUCUGACCAUCAUGUCCUACUUCCGGCCCAUCGACACCACCAUGGAUGAGGAGCGGGUGCAGCUGUGCCGGAAAGAGAAGCUAAGAUUUCUGUUCCACAUGUAUGACUCAGACAGCGACGGCCGCAUCACCCUGGAAGAGUAUCGAAAUGUGGUCGAGGAGCUGCUCUCCGGAAACCCCCACAUCGAGAAGGAAUCUGCGCGCUCCAUUGCCGACGGGGCCAUGAUGGAGGCGGCCAGCGUCUGCGUGGGGCGGAUGGAGCCUGAUCAGGUGUACGAGGGCAUCACUUUCGAUGACUUCCUGAAGAUCUGGCAGGGGAUAGACAUCGAGACAAAGAUGCACGUCCGCUUCCUUAACAUGGAAACCAUCGCCCUGUGCCACUGACCACCCCUCCCCCAUGGAGAACGCGCACUUGGACCCGGGCAGCGAGGCCCACGGGGGCCCUUUUGCUACAGCUCUUGUAAAUAGUCAACAUCCCUCGCUCAUCUCUUUUUCCCGCAGGGUAUGGUACAUGGGGCUUUGCUGUUUUUAUCUCCAAUAAAAUAGAAAAAGGGUUUGUUAAUGAA